AUGGCUGCUACCAUGCACAGGCUCAUCAUGUCUGCUCGCACCCAGCGGUCCUUACUACUUGGAGUGCUGGUGAUGCGCUUCAUGUGCGCCGAGUGCAAGGUACAAGCAGGGACGCUGACGUUCGGAGGAGCGGCAGCAGAAGAGCAAGAACAGUGGAGAUUUCUCGGCAAGUUCGGUUAUGCGAUCGGCACGGGGCGCUAUGAAAUUCGGCUGAGGCUUCACAACAUCUUGCAUGAGGAUCAGGUUUUGCCUAGACCAGACUUGGAGAUCUUCCUGGAUGAAGAUUGGCCAAAGCAGGGACGCUUCUCUGCUUGCAAGCGGGCGGAGGAUGUGCCGGCGAGGAAGACUCACGGAAUGCUAGUCCCCGGGCAGCACGGUGAGUGGGGCCCGUGGGAAGUCGGAAUGUUGUAUCAGACAAUUCGUCCUCACAUUUGGUAUUUCGCCCUUUCUGAUUGUCCGGACCAGCUUGCACGGGGCAUGCCCGGAGACCGGAGCUUUAGCUACACAGUGGACUACGAGGUUCGCUGGAGGCAGUUCGACGACUCAGAGCUGAGUUUGGAAAUGAGGUACAUGCCAACGGCCACGGUGUUAGUCCUGCUGAUGCUCUCUGCGAUGGCAUGCUGGUUCGUAGCCAGAAGCAGAGCUCUUCGUCAAAGCCUAGGACGGCUUCAUCCUGUAGUUCGUGGCUUGCUCUUCGCGGUGAGCCUCCAUUGGGCAUCGCAGGCGCUUCAUCUGGUACAUCUCUUGACAUACAAGAAGAAUGGCCAAGGGCUGCCGAUGGCGGAUGGACUCGCCGAGGUGCUCUUCAUGUUGAGCCAAGUUGCGAGCGCCUCUCUGUUGAUAGCAAUAGCUCAGGGCUACACCUUGAUUCGCUCAAAGUUGAGCGAGGUUGAGCUCCUAGUGCCCGUGGUCACUGUGAUCACCCUCCUUCAUGUGGCUUUGGUGGCGAUGGGGAAGCUACAAGCCGAGGAUUUCAAGUACCACGAGAACGAGGGGCUCGUUGGCUGGAUCCUUCUUACGGCUCGUUUGAGUCUCUUCGCCUGGUUUCGCAGUGGCAUCCAGCGACUGAGAUCGGCAGGCGGCAUCAAGCUCCAGAACUUUUUGCAAAUAUUCGAGAUCGCCGGGUCGGCGUACUUCCUGGCAUUUCCAACUAUCUUCGUGCUGGUUCAGGUAUUGGCACCAUACCUUCAGCAUCCAAUCUUGCAGACGACAUUGCUGGCUGUGCAAACAGCCUCUUGGCUGUGGCUUGCAGACCUCUUCCUCAAGCGCGGCAGCUAUUUCGAGGUGGGCUCGCCCUGCUGGGUGUCGGAAGAUGUCACGUAUCGCAAUGCGCUGCUAAGCGAGUCAUGCAAAGGCGCUCUGCCGGGCUCUUCAGCCAGCCAGCUUAGCCACGGCUGGGGCAGCAGGUACCAAGUCGUCACCGAGAAGAGAGAGGAGCCGGCCUGGGAAGGGAGCGUGAAUCUCAAGUCCAAGUACGCAGAAGAGGCACGAAUUGACAUCUUUGUGGUGGACUCUCGGAUUGCCCACCUGGAGGAUAUUCAUCAGCAGAAGCAGUGCAGCUUCGAGGGCAGCUGGCAGAACUUCAGCGAGCGAGGGCAGGGACGGCACCACAGGGUCCUCUCUUUUACAGCCUCUGCAACGGGCUUCUUCCUAAUGGUUCAGCUCCUCCUUGCCGGGGUAGUCCUGCGGCGCUUCUUCUUGUUUGUGGAUACUGGGAAGCUUCUGAGCCGCGUGAUUGUCUUCAAGUUCUUCGUGCAGGAUUUCCCGCAACAGAUGUGUAUUGCAGCUUACUUGUAUGCUUGGUACGCCGAAAAUGGGCUUCGCUGUCAAAUGUGCCUGUUCCAUCCGAGUCACUGUGAUGAUCAGCACCCGCUUCACUCCACCAACCUGCUGGUUUGCCUCUUCACUUUGCUCAGUGCCGUCGCCAACCAGUUGCUGUUGCAAGCGAGGCUGAAGCCAGGCUAUGACAGCGAAGACGAAUGUGUUUUGUGCUUCUUCCGUUUUGUGAUGCUGUCGGUAAGCAUCUUGCCGUUCUCCACUGCAAUGUGCAUGUUAUCGGCCAUCAUGCUGCAUUUGAAAUCUCCUCUGAUUUACUUCAUGCUCGGUGUUCCAACGGUUCUGGGCUGGGGGGCGAUCACCUGCGCUUGCGCCUCUGCAUUUCGGCAUCUCGCAAGAGCUCCACGACAUGCUGGCGGCGCCGAAGACCUCGGUCAUUUGGAUGUCGAUUCGAAAAGCAGUGGACAAUUUCUUUUGGUAUCUCUGCCGCAAUGGACCAGAAUGGCUGCAAAUGGCAUUCUGUUCCCCGGAGGCUGCGCGCAGUGUACCUGCUCAGAAGAGCAGAAUGAGAUCCAUGCUGUCGAGGGCCAAGCCAUUGAGAUUGCCAAUGCUGUCGUGUCCGUUCCCUCAGGUGACCGCAGUGAGCGGAGCGAGGGCGCACCCGAGCCGGCGGAACAACCGCCCGCCAACUCUGACGAGCCCAAUGUCGUCUGCCCAGAGGAUGGGGAUUUCCGAGAGUCGGCGAUGGAUUUCCACAAGGACCUGAACAACUGGGUGACGGAAGUAUCCGAGGUGUUCCAUUAUCGGGUCUUCUUCAUCGAACUCGUCGGACAGUUGCUCUACAGCAUCUUUGGGCCACUAUCAUACCCCGUACUGCUGAUGCUGUAUCGUGGGAAAACUGGUCUCAAGAACAGAGGUUUCUGGAUCUUUUCCAAAAUCGAUGCAUCCACCAUUAGCCAGUUCGUGACUUGGGCAUGUCUCUUCGCGGCGCUCAUUGCCAUGUAUUUCUUCGAUGACAAAAAUGAAGUAACGCUGAUUGAGAAGAAGCUGACGAUUAUCGGGCUGCUUAUGCGGAAUGCCCCGGUUGCAACGAAGUACGCUUACACAUCCACCCCGACCUGGAGUGAAUUGAACACGACCUUCGUUGAUGCGAAGUACAGAAGGUACAUGAAUUUGCUCACUGGCUGGCUACGUAUCCCCGCUGAAAACUUCGAUUUGCAAGCAGAAGUCGCUUUCGUGACGAUUGUCGGGUCGCGCAAGCAGCGGAGCCAAACCCUCCUGAAGUUCUUGCCGUGGCCACGCUCAGAGCACGAGCUCUUCGUCCUGCGCGAGCGCGUAGACGUAACGAGCAAGACCAUGUUCUAUGCACCUACUGGGCGGAUCCUCCGUGAGAAGACUCGGCUUCGAAAAGCAGAGCAGCAGCAAAUUUUGCAAUUUGAAGACGAAGAAGAGGGGAGCCCCAACGAUGUAUUUACCAGCAAAUCCCGGCCAGCCGCGCAGCUUGACGGGAAUUUUAUGUCCGGCUUGGUCAAUGCGGAGUCGAGCAGGCAGUUGCCCCCCGAUGACACAAUCCCACAACCAGGCCUCAUCGACGAGCAUAAGGACCACGACACGGACAUCUUCCGAGCGGCAGCUGCAGGCCAAGAGGUGCCAAUUCAGGACUUGUUUCUGUACAUGCUUCGUGGCGUCAUGCGGAGCGAACGUGCAGUCAUACCUCCGCUCUUUCGACCGCUGGCUCUCUUCACGACUUGCCUCGUGCUCCUCCCUUCCCUUCUUCGGGCCCUGAAGUCCGACGGAUAUGGAUGGACGGGCAUGUUUGGCACAGGAGUUGGUGCUCGCAUUGCCAUCAUCGGCAUGUUUCCGUCAGCCUUCGGAUGCUUUCUUUCUUCAAGCAUCUUCAUGGUCACGGGUGCGAUUGAUAUCUGGAGGAGACGGGCACUGAUGCGGAGCUGUGCUGCCAUGCUGACCGUGCAGCGGGAAUUCCGACGCCACUGCCCUGCAGAGGUGGACAUGCUUCCCAUUCUCGACUUGAGCGACGUCAAAACCAUUGUUGGGUGGCGAAAACUUCGGCAGCUGUGCAACGAAUGGGGCAAGUUCUAUCACGUGCGCAUUCGAGCUUUCACCGCACAAUUCUUUUUCCUGAUGCUGGUCGUCGUUGGGGACUUGAUCGCUGGCAUGCUGCUUUAUCCUGAUUAUACAGAGAUCAGUGGCGUGGAUGUGACCUCUAUGACUGUGUCUGGGGGCAUCUGCGCCCUUCUCAUCUGUGGCAUCGUGCUCAUGGUAUUCUUGGGCAACGAGGUGAAUGCCGCAGUCGAUCGUCAUGUCUACCUACUUUAUCGGCAGCGGAGCCUGAUGCUGGCAAUGCGCUUUGAUGACCCGCGGUUUAGGAGCAAGAAAUGUGAGAGCCGGCCACCGGAAGCAGCCAAGCUGGCAGAGUGCACGGAGCUUAUCGGCGGUGUUUGCGAAGAACUUGACUUCGAAGGGAAGGUGAGGCCUUUGACUCUCUUCGGGCUGCGACUGGGAUGGUCGCUGCUUUCGGCCCUGAACUUCAUCCCCCUGGGCAUUGCGACCACUGUCUUCAGUUUCUGCAGUGCAGAAGAGACAAAAGCAAGAUGCGAGUUCUGA